GGGCGGGACUUCCUGUUUCCUUCUUGGGCGGACAUUUUGUUUGCUUUUUGGAUUAAUCUACAUCAUCCGUCUCCGGGACGCAGUGUCAUACCAGAGUUGACACGAGAGGGGAACGCGAGAGGAAGCUGUCUCCCCUGAACAAAGGCGGGCCUGAGGAUCUGCUGUGGUGCCACCCGUACGACCCUGCCGUCGGAGCCCGGCUACUCGCACUUGUCUCCCGCCAAUUAUCCUUUCUCCUCUCUUUCCCUCCCCGCAUCCCGCCUUCCCUAAUCCACAGCAUCGGGUGGCGGAGGCUGCACUGAUGAACCCGGCGCAGGUGGGUGCUGCACCCCCAGGUCCUCCCCCGACCUCCAUCUCUGAAUCCUAAAGCCUCGAAUGAGGGCCUCCCAGGCCCCUGUGUCCGGAUAUUCGGAUUUCAUUUCUGACAGCCAGUAUUUUGGGAUGUGGAAGGGACGUCCAGGCACAGGGCCCAGCAUGUGCACAAGCUUGGAGGUGCAACACAGCCGGAGCAUUUGGGAAACCUGGGGCCUUGGUGUCCGACAGGAUCAGAGAGCGUGAGGAGUUACGCCUAGAAUGUUACCUGUGCCUUCAUUCUGAGGGUGAUGGGAACCAUGGAAGGUUAUGAACAAAGGAGGGGCGCGACCUGAGGGUUUUAAUUCCAUAGACUGCUCGAGAGAACACACUUGGAGUGGGGGGUGGGGUGGGCUGGUGGUGAGGAAAAUGAGGCACAGGAAGAUUGAGACCUAUUCCAAGGUGACACAGCCAUUAGGUGGCCCUGAGGACUGAGGCGCAGAAGGUAGACAGCCCCCAGGUCUUUGUGGUAUGGCAGGAGUAGGGGACAGACAUGAGUCCUUGAGGCUCCCUGGUGGUUUCUUGUCUCACAGUUUCCCUCUUCCCACAGGCUCCCAUGAACUCGGAAGUAAUUAUGGACCCUAUACAGGUGAAGGGAGGAUGUCAGUGCUCUCAUCGAUCCCAUCCCAACCCCACCCACAUGGUCUCCAUGAUUGUGGUGUCAUAGAAUACGUCACUUGUAUUCUCUCAGCUCUUGAGUCUGAAGACCCUGGAGAAACCCCAAACUCAGGGUUCUGAGUCUGGGCCAGGGGUUAUAUGGAAGGGUUCUCCUUUCUGGUAACCAUUGGAAUAAGGUGUGGAAGGUUGUUCCAGGCACAGGAACCAGCAUGUGCAAAUACUUGGAGUUGAGACUGAGAUGGGAGUUUUCACAAAAUUACAGGCCUCCACCAUGUCUGGUAGGAAUCAAGAGCAGGAGUCAGGCCUGAAAUGCCCAGCUGAUGAGGUAGGCCUCUGUUCUGAGAGUGGUGUAGCAGGUGUGGGCAGAGGAGGGAGGUAAUCUCAUCCAGGCUUUAACAGGCUCCCACUGGAUGCUAGGUGGAGAACAGACUGUGUGGUGAGUGUUGAGGAAGUUACGGUGGAGUCCAGGGAGGAGGCUGCUUUAAUAUUCUAGGUGAGUGGUAAUAUUGGAUGAGCCAGUGGGGUCGCUGUGUAGGUGGAGAAGUGAUUGGAUCAGAUUUUCUGGUGUGAAAGAAAGAGAUAACCCUAGGGUUUUACACCUGUCAGCUGGAAGGGUAGAAGCUCCAUCAGCUAGGUGGGCAUGUCACGGGUAGAAGUAACUCUGUGGAUAUCAGGAAUUUAUAUUUGUGACCAUAUGAAGAGUCUGAGAAGUUCCAGAGAACACUGUGUGGAGGUGUCGAGUGAACUGCUGGACACAGGACUGAAGCUCUGGGUCAGGUGACCUUUGAGGAUGUGGCCAUGUACUUCUCCCCAGAGGAAUGGAGGCUCCUUGAUGACACCCAGAGGCUCCUGUACCGCGAUGUGAUGCUGGAGAACUUUGCACUUACGGCCUCGCUGGAAUAUGCAUUUUCCAUGUCCUGUGGGGUUGCCCCACUGGAGCUGGACAGCAAACCCUGGGUAUCUGACUGGGCAGAUGUGACUCCAGCCAUGACUAGAGAGGCUCAGGGUGGGUGUGACCCUGGUUGCUGGCGUGGAAUGGAGAAUGAGGAGAUACCUUCUGAGCAUAGCGUUUGUAUUGAAGGAGUGUCACAGGUCAGGACUCCCAAGGCAGGCCCUUCUACCCAGAAUGCCCAUCUCUGUGAGACAUGUGGUUUGGUCUUAAAAGGUGUUUUGUACUUGGCUGAGCACCAAGAAACACACCCUGGACAGAAACCAUACGUAUGUGAGGAAUGUGGAAAACAGGUCUGGCUCAAUGCAAACCUUCACCACCAGAAGCAGCACAGUGGAGAGAAACCUUUCACAGGGGAUGAGGGCUGGGACUUUCUUGUGAACAGUUGCCCGGUCCAACCAUUGGAAAUGUCCAUUAGGACUGCAGAAGGUUGUAAGUACUUUCCAACUAGCCCAAGCGUUUUCCAGCACCAGGCCCCUCAAAGUAAGUGGAAGCCACAAAGUGACACCAACUAUGCGGAGGCCCUUCACAGUAGACAGAGGCAUUACGAGUGCAAUGAGUGUGGGAAGGCCUUCAACCGCAAAGACUCACUUGUGCAGCACCAGAGAGUUCACACAGGAGAGCGGCCGUAUGAGUGCAACGAGUGUGGGAAAUCCUUCAGCCGCAAGCCCAUACUCGUUCAGCACCAGAGAAUCCACACUGGAGAAAUGCCCUACGAGUGUGGCAUAUGUGGGAAAGUUUUUAAUCACAGCUCCAACCUUAUAGUACACCAGAGAGUCCACACUGGAGCGAGGCCUUACAAAUGCAGUGAAUGUGGGAAAGCCUACAGCCACAAAUCCACACUUGUUCAGCAUGAGAGUAUCCACACUGGAGAGAGACCUUUUGAGUGCAGCGAAUGCGGGAAAUACUUUGGUCACAAAUACAGACUUAUUAAACAUUGGAGCAUUCAUACUGGAGCAAGGCCUUAUGAGUGCAUUGCGUGUGGGAAGUUCUUUAGCCAAAGCUCUGACCUUAUUGCACACCAGAGGGUUCACAAUGGUGAAAAGCCCUAUGUGUGCAGCGAGUGUGGGAAAGCCUUUAGCCACAAACAUGUGCUUGUCCAGCACCAUAGAAUCCACACUGGAGAAAGGCCAUACAAGUGUAGUGAGUGUGGGAAGGCCUUCAGGCAGAGGGCUUCCCUCAUCCGACACUGGAAAGUUCACACAAGAAAGACCUUAGGAUAGUGAAGAAUGCCAUCUCCUUGGUUCACCAUACUGAGUGAUGCCAGAGAGAAAUUCUGUGAGUCGGCUUUGAGAGUAACCAUCAGGCAGAAGUUGAACCUCAUCUAUUUGAACACCCACCCUGGGAGAUUCUUCUGAGCGCCAGCUACAUGGGAAGCUUACUGAAGCAGUGUUCCACUUUGUCACCUGCCCAGGACCCUUCCCAGAGUUCUGUCACUGCCAGUGUCUCUGAAAUAAGCCAUCCAUCUAUGCAUAAGUCACCCCAACAUACUUUAACAGAAGACCUGUGCUGCUCCUCCCCCAGAGGAGUCCUCAGUAUUUUGAGCCCAUUGAAGAUCCUCACUCCUUCCUGCCCUGCCCCCAGCUGGUUUAAGGGUGCACAUGCCCCAGUUUGGGCCAGAAGGAUGCAAGCUUUGUUUUGCUGGCCACUUGUGGAGAAGGUUUCCAGCUUUCAUGGACUUUGUUGGUCUCACGUGGCACUCGUGAUGGAUUUGUCUAGCCUCUAAGUCACCUAACUUGGGAAUUGCCUGCCUCAACAUUCUGGUUUUGCAACAAAUGCCUUAGUUUAUAAACUACCUUUAAUCUUGGGGGUUCUGUUCACUUUGUGGGUUGGGGUGAGAACGGAAGUGGGCUCUGCCAAGAUGAAGUCACCUUUUGUGAGAGCUCCAGCUUGUGUCUCAGUCUUGUGAACAGAAGAGCACACAAACUACAGCUCUCGUUCUAAUUUCAACCUAUCUUGCAUUUGUGCUCAAAGCCUCCUGGAGACAAUACCAACUUGUGCAGGCCUAAUCUGUGGCUUGUAUGCCCAGAUUAUUUGUGUGACCCUGAGCAGUGGGCACUUGUGACAAUGUUCUGGGAGCAGCAUGAAUUGGGUCCCUUGUUCCCAGGGGAUGUUUAAUAUUUCUGAAUCCUCUUGAUGAUUUGACCCCCUGGGACCUGCCAACAUCGCUGAAAUCUAUUAUUCAGUAGGCAGAUGUCACUAUCCCCUAAAAGGACCAGGUAGAAUUAUAAUUGGUAGAGACUGAUUAAUAGGGAGGUGGGAGACUGCAGCAAACUAUAGGGAAUGUGACUCUUGGAGGUGUGUCUACAACGCUUCCAUGUGGCUUUGGUAUGAAGGCUUACAGAAAUUCUAGGGCUCCCAUAUUUGUGCCUCAUGGCCGUGGUCUCUGUCAGCAAUCAAUCCAAAUAUCUUCUGCAAUAAACUGUACAUAUUUGUACUACACAAUUGGAUGUUUCAAUACACGUUUGCACCUGUGAAGCCAACUUUCCUGAAUUCCUUUAUAAUCCCUCUCCUCCUCACCCGUUCCCACGCAACCACUCAUCUUGCUGUUACUAGAUUUGUUUGCCUUUCCUAGAGUUAUAUAUAUGUAUAUGGAAUAAUUUAAUA